AGUCACAUUUGAACCUUCUUCACCCCGAGACAGUGUCAAGUCACAGCCUGCUACUAGUAUUACUACUGUAAAGCCAUGAAGACUCUUGCUCUCCUCUUCUCCUUUGCAUUUGUGCUGGUCUUCACUGCGCCCACUAAAACACCUGAUGAGAUUCAUCUACUGCAGAGGAUCAUGAAAGAGGCUAACAAGACGCUCAAGGAAGGCCCGGAGGCCCUUUUGAACCAUCUAGUGCCAGCAGAAUUCAAUCAAGAUCGCUGCAAGUUACACGGGCCUAAAGAUUUCUGCAUAGCGGAGACGAUUCUGUCUAACAUAAACAAAACGCAGUACGGGACUUCAGACAACAACGUAGAGACAAUCAGCAGAGUGCUGGAGCAGUACAAUAAGCUUCACCCUUCCAACUGCACUAUGAAGAAGAAUGGAGACGAGGAACAGCUCCGUGCUCUCCUGAUGAACCUCUACAACUGUGCCCAAGCCAUCUAUUCCCGUCCCCACUCUGUCACUCAUCACAAAACGACCCCAACACUUUGAGGGGACUGAGGGGAACUCUGUCGACCG